AUGGAGGCUCAGAUCGAGAACGCUGUCGGGAUCCUCUCGAACCCCACCUCCGAUCAAUCUAUUAAAGAACAAGCUUUCGAAUACCUGAACCAACUACGAACCGAUCCCUCAGGAUGGCAAGCUUGUACCACUCUCUUCGCUCGAACUCCUCGAACAUCAGAAGUCGUCCGUCUGGUCUGUUUGGAGGUGGUCAACUAUGCGGUCCACACACAAGGUCUUGACCAAGCAAGCCUUGGUUUCCUCAAAGAUACUCUACUCCAAUACUGCCGGCAAACAUACGGUCCCAACGCUCAGCAAGAACCCGACCCUGCACACCUUCAGAACAAACUCACACAAACAUUGACGUAUCUGUUUGUCUUCCUCUACCAAAACGGUUGGGAGAGCUUCCUCGACGACCACCUCGAGUUGACAGGCCUCUCAACAAACACCAACAAUGUUCCGGGUGUCGUCUUCUAUCUUCGAAUCCUCGGCUCCAUUCACGACGAGAUCGCCGAUAUGCUUCUGUCACGGCAGAACAACGAAGCCAAGCGAAAUACUGAGCUCAAGGACCAACUCCGAGCUCAGGAUAUGCAUAAAGUGUCUGAGUCCUGGAAGCAGCUUCUUACCCAAUACUCGGACAGCGACACUGUUGUAGAACUUGUUCUCAAGGUCCUGGGCAAGUGGGUCAGCUGGAUGGACAUCUCCCUGGUUAUCAGUCAGGAUAUGCUUGGACUCUUGCUGCCAGUAGUUGGACGACCGACCAGUUCAGGUGAGGACAAGGUUCGUGAUACCGCUAUCGACACCUUGAAUGAGAUAUGCGGCAAGAAAAUGCGUUCCUCAGACAAGAUGGAGAUGAUCUCCUUCAUCAACCUUCGAGAAAUUGUCGAACAAUUAGUUGCUAGUCCUCCUCUGAGCGAGUACAAGGGAACCUCUCGAUACGAUACGGAUCUGGCUGAGGCAGUCGCCAAAUUAGUUAACACCGUCCUCUCCGAUAUCGUACGGGCUCUCGAGGACAGCCAGAUCAGUGAUGAUACCCGCGCUAGAGCUAACCAGCAUCUCCACGGCUUCUUGCCUUUCCUUCUGCGCUUCUUCUCUGACGAAUAUGAUGAGGUCUGCUCUUCAGUCAUCCCCGCCCUGACUGAUCUGCUUACCUUCCUCCGUAAACUCACCGUGGUUCACCAAGACUAUGGUGGCAUGCUUGCGCCAAUCUUAGAUGCCAUCAUUCACAAAAUGAGAUACGAUGAGACUACCACUUGGGGUGAUGAGGAUGAACUUACCGACGAAGCUGAGUUCCAGGAGCUGCGUCGCAAGCUCCAGAACCUGCAAAAGUCCAUUGCUGCUAUUGACCAGCCACUAUACAUGGACAUGCUGAGCAAUCUGGUUGCCACCACUUUCCAAACGUUGGACCAGCAGGGCUCGCAAAUGGAUUGGCGAGAUCUUGAUCUGGCCUUGUAUGAGAUGUACCUCUUCGGCGAGCUUGCGCUUCCCAACCAGGGGUUGGGAACCAAGAACCAGCCUUCUACCGAAGCCUCGGAGAGAUUGGUGGUCAUGAUGCAGAAGAUGGUCGAAUCUGGCAUUGCCAACUUCUCUCAUCCGGCGAUUCUCCUUCAAUACAUGGAGAUUUGCGUCAGAUACUGCGUUGUUUUCGAAAACCAUCUUUCACAGUACAUCCCUCAAGUUCUCGAGAACUUUGUGCGUUUGGUACACCAUGACCAUGUUCGCAUCAAGACCCGGUCGUGGUACCUGUUCCACCGUUUCAUUAAGCAGCUGCGCGCUCAAGUUGGCAACGUCGCGGAGACAGUUAUCCAGUCAAUUGGGGAUCUUUUGCCUAUCAAGGCUGAGGUCCCUGGAGACGACGCUGAUGAUGACAUGUCUUCAGACGAGUCUGACCACUCCGCGGAUGCUCUCUUCACCAGCCAGCUGUACCUCUUCGAGGCUAUCGGAUGCAUCUCCUCUACUCAGAGCACACCAGCCGACAAGCAAGCUUUGUACGCUCGAUCUGUGAUGGAUCCCCUAUUCACAGAUAUGGAAAGCCACCUCCCGCGAGCCAAGGCUGGAGAUACUCAGGCAGCCCUUCAGGUGCACCAUAUUGUUAUGGCCUUGGGUACGCUUGCCCACGGAUUCUCAGACUGGACUCCAGGCGUCACCUCCAAUGCUCACGGACCACCCGACAAGGCCGUCUCUGACGAGUUCUCUCGUGCUGCUGAAGCCAUCCUGAUUGCCCUGAACCAAUUGAACUCAUCUGCCGAAAUUCGCACUGCUUGCCGCUCGGCUUUCUCCAAGCUUUUGGGCGUUCUGGGUUCUGCUGUACUGCCUCAAUUACCGCAGUGGAUCGAGGGUCUGCUGUCUCAGAGUUCAUCUAAGGAUGAGAUGGCCAUGUUCCUGCGUUUGUUGGAUCAGGUCGUGUUCGGCUUUAAGGCGGAGAUCUACGAAGUCCUUAACAUGCUUCUAACACCUCUGCUUCAGCGAAUCUUCGGUGGGCUUACAGAACCCAUUGCAGGAACAGACGAUGAGAUCCAGCUGGGCGAGCUGAGGAGGGAGUACCUCUCUUUCCUCCAGAUCAUUCUAAACAAUGGACUGGACGGCGUUCUUGUUAGUGAAUCAAACCAAGGCUUCUUCGAGCCCAUGAUCUCGUCUAUUAUCGAGCUCGCCAAGACUCUCGAGGGAAACGUUACCAGCAGCAGACUUGCCUUUACGCUUAUGAUGAGAAUGGCAGCUAUCUGGGGCGGACCCGAUGUCGCAACUAUCUCACAAAACCCAACAGCUCCUUCCGGCAGCCCGAACCCUGCAUUCCCUGGUUUCGAGCAGUUCAUGAUCGACAGAUUCCACUCGACCUGCUGGGAGGUUAUCAAGAACCCCAACUUCCGCCCCUUCCAAGAUGCCCAGACUAAGCAAGUCCUCACAGAGAUUGCAGGUCUGGAGCAGAUUAUUUACACCAAGACUGGCGAUGUUUUCAUCCAGGAACUGCAGAACAACCUUUUCCCUAGCCUCGGAGUCAACGGUGACGACUUUCUACGAUCUCUCACGACGUCGACGGAUAAGAGGCAGUUUGCUUCCUACUUGCAAAAUCUCCUCAAGUCUCGGCAGUAA